AACCCAGGGCACCAUUUAUUAAUAACUGGACCCAAUGGUUGUGGAAAGAGUUCGCUAUUCCGUAUAAUCUCAGGCUUAUGGCCAGUUUACGCAGGAACGCUGACAAGACCAGCGGACUCGUGGUCAAUCCGAACCGGAAGACCAUCAAUGUUCUACAUCCCCCAAAAGCCUUACAUGACAGUGGGGUGUCUUAGAGAGCAAAUAACUUACCCAGCGGACAGCAACACUAACCAGUGUUCUGACGAGCAGCUGCUGGAGCUGCUGGACCUGGUGGACUUGCGCUCGCUGGCCGAGAGAGAGCCCGACGGGCUGGAUGCGAUGGGUGACUGGGACUCGACUUUGUCAGGCGGCGAGAAACAGAGACUCGCUAUGACGAGGUUGUUCUACCACGCGCCGCACUACGCGUUGCUGGACGAGUGCACCAGCGCUGUUAGCCUGGAAGUUGAAGGGUCCAUGUAUGAGACUGCCAAGCAGCGCGGAAUUACCUUACUCACGAUAACACAUCGCAUUUCUUCACUGUCCAAGUAUCAUCGGUUUGUGCUGAGGUUUGAUGGAGAAGGCGGCUGGACUUUUGGGUUGCUCGAUCCCGCUGACUCCUCUAUUUUGUCUAAUCAAGAUACG